CAAAAACCAAACAAAACAUCUGACAGGCGACGGAAAGAACAGCCCGGCGAGGCCCGGCGACACGUCACUGGGAGCGAGGCACGCGCACGCGCACUACGCCCAUCAUGAGGGUCGCUGCUUUGAUCAGUGGUGGGAAGGACAGCUGUUAUAAUAUGAUGCAGUGCAUUGCUGCUGGACAUCAGAUCGUUGCUUUAGCAAAUCUACGACCAGCUACAAACCAAGGGGGGUCAGAUGAACUUGAUAGCUACAUGUAUCAGACAGUGGGCCAUCAUGCCAUUGAUUUGUACGCAGAAGCAAUGGCUCUCCCCCUUUAUCGCCGAACUAUAAGAGGGAGAAGCAUGGAUACAGGACAAGUGUAUACCAAAUGUGAAGGUGAUGAGGUUGAAGAUCUCUAUGAACUUUUAAAGCUUGUGAAGGAAAAAGAAGACAUUGAGGGGGUUUCAGUGGGUGCCAUACUUUCUGACUAUCAGCGUGUUCGAGUAGAAAAUGUGUGCAAAAGGCUUAACCUCCAUUCUUUAGCUUACCUUUGGCAGAGAAACCAGGAAGAUUUGCUCCGAGAGAUGAUAUCAUCUAACAUUCAAGCAAUCAUCAUCAAAGUAGCAGCUUUGGGUUUAGAUCCAGAUAAGCAUCUUGGAAAAACCUUGGGUGAAAUGGAACCUUAUCUCUUAGAGCUUUCUAAAAAGUAUGGAGUACAUGUGUGUGGAGAAGGUGGAGAGUAUGAAACGUUCACUUUGGAUUGUCCUCUGUUUAAGAAGAAAAUAAUUGUGGAUUCUUCAGAAGUAGUUGUUCACUCAUCUGAUGCAUUUGCACCUGUGGCUUACCUACGCUUUUUAGAUUUGCACUUGGAAGACAAGGUGUCCUCAGUUCCUGACAGCUGCCAAACAUCUAAUUAUAUAUGUAAUUCUUGAAAAGUGGUUUUGAACAUUUUUAUUCUUCUGCCAUUUCUAAGUAGCACAAUUUUAUAUAGCAUCUUAUCAAUCAUGUCCAGAUUUCUCUUUGUUACUUGAUAUUUAUUUCUUAAACACAUCUAUCUAUAACAGAAAUUAAAAGAAUUAUUGAUCAGUUGGAAGUUGCGGAUGCCGUGUUCAUUAAUAUUGUCAACUUUCUCAGUUUUCUUCUUUUUCUCCUUUUACUUAAUCAGGAACCCUCAUUUCUAUGAUUGCUUUUGUUUGUUUGUUUUCAUCACACUGGUUUUUAUUUAUUUUUUUUCUUGUCAUCACUGGUGCUUCACUGCUCCAGGUCUUUCAGAUAGAAAGAUAGAGGUAGUUGCCUCAAAUCUCACUUCAGUACAGUGGGGGCCAGGCUCGAACCUGUGCCUGAACAUGGUGAAGGAGUGCAUUAUCCAAAUGAGCUAUCAUACCAGUCUCACACUUACUUUUCUUUCUUGCCUCUUUCUUGUCCUCAUUUCUGUAAAUAAUGUGAUACAGAGACAUGGAAAAUUGAGAAUGAAAGCCAUUAAGUUUCAUCUAGUGGAUACCAUCAAAGUGAUUUGUCAUUUAUUUUUAAUAUAUUAAUUAUUUCAACUUUAUUAAACAAUCAAGAUAAAUGUCAUUAACUUUCACUGGUUAUUUUGUAACUUCUUAAAAGUAAUAUUUUUCGGGAGUCAGGAGGUAGCACAACGGGUUAAGCGCAUGUGGUGCAAAGCACAAGGACCAGUGUAUGGAUCCCGGUUCAAGCCCCCGGCUCCUCACCUUCAAGGGAGUCACUUCACAGGUGGUGAAGCAGGUCUGCAGGUGUCUAUCUUUCCCCCUCUCUGUCUUCCCCUCCUCUCUCCAUUUCUCUCUGUCCUAUCCUACAACGACAACAUCAAUAAUAGCUACAACAAUAAAACAACAAGGACAACAAAAGGGAAUAAAUAAAUAAAUAUAAAAAAUCUAGAAAAAAAAGUAAUAUUUUUCAAUAUUCCCUGUGCCUACCUCAUACAUCUUUAUUUUAAAUAGGAUGGUGUUUUUUAAUGCACUUUUGGGUUCACAUCAAAAAACUGAGCAGAAAUUACAGUGACUCUGACAAGCACAGUCUGACACUAUUAAUAUGUAGUGCCAUUUAACAUUUGUUAUCACCCAAAGUCAUAGUUUACUGUGCAUUCUUGAUGUGUAGUUUGUGGGUUUGGGCAAAUAUAUAGCAGCAUGUAUCCACAUAGGAGCAUCACACAAUUUUGAUUCAUUGCCCUAACAGUCCCAUGUGCACUGCCUUUCUCCUUCCUUUUCCCUCUAACCCCUCGUAACCACUGAUCUUUUUAAUGAUUCUAUAGUUUUGGCUUUUCCAGCAUGUCAUAUGAUUGGAAUCAUAUAGUAUAUAACCUUUAAAGAUAGGGGUUUUUUUUUCAUUUACUAACACAAAUUUACAGUCCCUUCAUGCCUUUUCAUGAAUUUUUAAGUGCUAAAUAAUAGUCCAUUGUUAACCAUCAAUGUGUAGAUUUCAUGAACUUAAGUUCUCAACUCCCUUAGGUCAAUACAAAAUAGUAAUGAAUGAUAUGGUAAGAGUAUACUAGUUUUACAAGAAGCCACCUGCAGUCAGGGAAAGGACAGAAAUUAUGUAAGAGAUAUCUCAGGCUUAAGGCACCGCACUGCAUAUACAAAGCAGUGCCCCCUACCCUCUUUGUCUCUCUUUUUCCUCUUCUCUCUUUUUUUUUUAAUGCUUGGAUGCUGCUCAGGAUAUAAGAUUGAAAUCAAAUACCCUUUUAUUUUUACCCAUAUCAGAUGAACUUCUGUAACAUAUUAUUUUCUAUCUUCUUCUAGCAAAAAAAAAAAAAAAUCAGUUUCAUGUUAUACUUAUUUCAGUACUUACUAAUUUUAUUAGGUGAAAAUUACUGUUUUCUUUUUCAUUGUAAUAACUUCUACUACAGCCAUAAGAACUUUUAAUGCAAGUGUUUAUAUGUUACUUUCAUACUUUCCUUAUAAGAUUUUGCCAGCAUAAGUCUCUGUUUUGCGUUGCAUGCCAUUUAAUGAAGGCCACUUUCUUGUUUAUUUUUCAUUUACCUGGCUGUUAGAGGAAAAUGCUCUAAGCCAACUGCAGUUUAAAAUACAACCUUUAGAGAGCUUGUUAAUGUAAAAUUUCGGUGUUCACUUAAGAUUUUCAAUUUUUAUAUGAUGACCUUUAAACUUUUGUGUUGAAUAAUUAAAUUAUUUAAAUUUUACCUUUAA